UUUCAAACAUUUCGAUUGCAAAUACAAUUGUGUUUGUUUCCACAUCAUAACUACAAAUUACCCAGCUACUCAAUUGGUACUCAUUAAUGACAGGCACCUGGGCACACAUAUUUUUAAUUACAGCUGAGAUGCCUCCUGAAAUCAUUCUGAAACAUAACAGACAUUAUAGUUCUUGUAAAGACGGUGGGUAUAUGCUACUGUUCCUGUAUUAAAAGACCGUUCAAUGCGUUUUUGAUAUCGCUUACCCUCAUCUGACAGGGUCACAAUCCAGAAAGUCCUCCCUGUACUCUUAAGGCUUUUCGUUUCAACAAAGCACGUGUGCACCUCUGACAAGAGUUGUGUGAUCUAAAGGAUCACCGUCCCCAGAACAGACACCCCAAUUUUACCUCUUGAACAGGCGAACUUCCUAGACCGUACCUAUACUUCGAAAAUCCGUGGUGACCAAUUCCUGGGUGCUUGCGUCCUCGUUUCCUCCGCACAGCUCUCGUUCACCACUUUCUUCCAUCACUGCAGAACCACGUCAUCACGCCUUCGACAUCUCCAUUCUGCUCUCAGUCCACUCACAGCAUCUACUUUGCAACGUCGAUCUCGAAACAAUACCAUGGUCAAGCAGAUGCCACUGAGGUGGGAAGCUCGGCAUCGCUCCGAGGCGCCGGAUCCCCUGUAUGUGACCGUUCCCCCUCCAGAGUUCAUACACAAAAGUAGGGUAGAUCAAGUCCUCGACGAUGCCCACCAACAAGCACUCGACAGUGCGGUAAUGAGCAUUAUCUCCACACCAAUUGCGGAAGAGACAUUUGCCCAGAUCGUGGACGGGCUCCCCUUGAGAAGCGUGGCCUUGGGGACUCAGAACCGUCGGGUUAUACGGGGGGACCCGAUCGACAAUCAUCCUGAUAUGUGUCCUGGGGCAUUGGAGAAGGCCAGAGAGUUCCAAAUGAGGCUUAAUACGAGGGGCCUGGAGGUUGCAUCAGCCGCCCUCCAGCAAUAUCAAAAUACCCCUAUCGGCUCUAAAGCCUCCAAGAUGCCUUUCUUGGAGUUAGUAGCGGUGACUAUACAUAAUAUUGCCGUAGAGCUCUUCAAACUAGUUAACGGGGGCUUUCAUAAAGAUGUCAUAUGGCCUAGCGACGAAGCCUAUCAAGAGCGAAAUUGGUCGAGGUGGCCAACGCCUUUCUGCCUGCUUCACUAUUCAAAACCAGAGCAGUACCCUGAUGGAAUUGCUGACUUGGCGGGAUACUGGGCUGAAGACCGAAUCUUUGGUGGAGUCGUGCUUUUUGGUCGAGGUACCAACGAUACAGGCUCUACUUACGAUGGUAUAUGGUUCCAUUCUCACCGGGACGACGUUACGAAGCGGAUAUAUGCGCUUACAGAGCAGCAGACAGCGAACCUGCUGCAGUUCCUAGAGAAGGGGCAGAUUAACGGGUCCGUAUGCCCAUUGCCAAUCCUGGCAGACAUCACGAACCGGCGGCGGGUGGAUGAGGAGAUUGCUAUCCCGGAGUUCAACGUGUACCGGGACCGGUGGGAACGAACAGUUGACUACCGAAACUGGAAUGACUAUCGUUCCCAGCGACACCAUUGCAGAAACGCCAUAGACUGGCCGGAGAUCCUGGACUAUCAGGAGAAGCUAAGGCUAGAGGUUAAUAGUGGAUCGGACAGGAACUAA